GGUUGUUUUUUUCUCCAUUUUAUAUAUUAUUAUUAUUUUUUUUUUUUGUAGGUUAAAGAUGUCUACUUCCCAAAAAUCAAAGAUGUCAAAGAAUGAGAGUUUGGAUCUAAGGUAUAAGCACCCUAAGUGUUAUUGCAAUACAUUUGCUCACAUUCGGGUCGUUGGUCCUACAAAAGAAACUGUUGGCAAACUAUUUUGCAAUUGUCCGUACAACAAAUGUCGUUUCUUUGCUUGGCUUAAACUUGCCUCCGUGAAUUGGGUGAAGUCAAAUGAAAUCCACGAAGAUGAAGUUUGUUAUGAAGAUGAUGAUGAUGAAGUUCAAUCAACCGGAGCAAAGCUAACAAAUGAAAAUGUCGAAGUCGCAACAAUGCUGAAGGAGAUGCAGUCAAAGAUGGAGAAAAUUAAGAAGAAAUUUAGCAAUGGAUUGCUUAUUUUGACGGACGGAUCGGAAACCGUUGACCCAGGAGUUAAUUUUCAGACCCUCACACACGAUGAAGAAUUCCCACUGCUGGAUCGGAACGCUUUGCCGGCAACCAAAAAAUCGAGCACGGGUAAGCGAUCCGGAGAUUCUCUGGAACAUCAGCCAUCUUCAAAUCUACAGGCCCAACCGACGACUACUCAGGCACCAGUAAUACAGAAGUGGUCAUUCCGAGACAUGGUUAACAAACACAGAAACCAUGAGGAUCUGAACUCGGAUGAUGAUGGCGUCGAAGAUGGUAUCGAAGAGGACGUGGUCGUAGACCUCUCAUGCCCUGUGCCGAAAAUAAAAAUCGCGCAGCGGUUUAUUGAGCAGAUCAAUAAGAAGUGGCAAAAUGCAGUAGUCUUGAAACCUUUCGACGAGUCGCUCUCCAUGGCAUCCCUCUACAACCGCCUUACUAAAAUGUGGCCCUUUAUGGCUGGAUGCAACAUGAUGGAUCUCGAGAGUGGAUUUUACCUAGUUCACUUCCAAAAUAACGACGAUACGGUCAGGGUGCUCACUGGAGGGCCAUAUGUUGUGGGGAAUAGUUAUAUGCACGUGCAGCCUUGGACCCUAGACUUUGAUGCGACGAAAGAGGAGUUAUCAACAACGGUUGCCUGGAUUCGUCUCCCUGGAAUGCCGGCUCAUUUGUACCAUAAAAAGAUCUUCCGUAAUAUUGGCCGGAUUUUCGGGAAGGUGGUCAAGAUAGACCAGCAAACAGCAGCCCUAACCCGAGGCAAAUAUGCUCGACUUGCUGUAACAGUCGAUUUGACUAAGCCACUAUGCGUUAGCUUCGCCAUUAACGGGAAGACUCAGCGCGUGGUCUAUGAAAACCUGCCAGUUAUUUGUUUUCAAUGCGGAAGGAUAGGUCACACGG